AUGCAGCCAAACCAGUGGCAGCAACAGCAGUUCGGCUAUGGCGGCCCCGGGGCGUCGGGCUUUGGCUACGCCGGACAGCGCCCCAUGAACGCCCAGCCAACCGGCUUUCCUGGCCAGCAGAUGCCCAUGCAGACUGGUAUGCCUGGCAUGGGCCCCGGCAUGGGAGCCAUGGGAGGCAUGGGCGGACAAGGUAUGCCCAGCGGAGGCAUGCCAAGUGGGGCGAUGGGAUCCGGCUCCACUGGUCUUAACACUCCUGGUGCCGGAACUGGAUCUGGCGCUCCCAACUACUCGUUCCUCUCUGCUCCACCUCCUCCCGGCUCGUUCGGUCAGCGUGGCAGCUUUGGAAACCAGAGCGGUCUCAUGUCCCAGCCCACCGGCUUCCCCGGCGGUGGUGCCAGCGGCCUCAUGCCCCAGCAGCAAACGGGCAUGCCCAUGAUGGGCCAGCCCACGGGCCUCGGCGCAAACCUCAUGGCCCAGCCAACCGGCAUGGGCCUCCGCCCUCAACCAACCGGCAUUCAUGACCCCCGCCUCGGCGCUAUGCUCCAGAGCUUUAUGCCCAGUAACAUGAGCCAGCCCUUCUCGGCUUCUGGUGCACCCCAGUUCAACCAGGCUCCCGGGCAGCCCCUCCAGCAGACGUUCCAGUCGCUCCUCCAAAACCCUUCAGUCAAGACACCCAAGGUCCCCUGGGCGCUCUCGCGCCAGGAGAAGAAGGACUACGACCAGAUCUUCCGGGCGUGGGACACUCGUGGCGACGGCUUUAUCACUGGCGAUAUGGCACGCGAGGUGUUCGGCCAGUCGGGCCUUUCUCAGGACGACCUCAUGAAGGUUUGGAAUCUCUCGGACGUCGACAACCGGGGCAAGCUCAACCUUCCCGAGUUCCACGUAGCCAUGGGCCUCAUCUACCGCGCCCUCAAUGGCAACGAGAUUCCCGACAGCCUUCCCGACGAGCUCGUGCCUGCAUCGAUGCGCGACAUCGAUUCCACCGUCAGCUUCAUGAAGGACCUGCUCAAGCAUGAAUCCAGCGCGCGCUCAGACACGUCGUCGCCUGUGGGCUAUGGUGUGCAGGCGCCCAUGUCCACGGCGUCGGCCAAGGACGCCAAGGUGUACAAGCACGACGACAGCCGAAAGGCGGGCUACAAGUCAUCGGCACGCCACCUUGAUCGCAAGACUGUGCGCUAUGCUGGCGAGGACUCUGGCGCCGAGAUCAGCGACCUGCGCCGCCAGCUCGAGACCGCGAGCGGCAUGCUCGACAGCAACACGGCUGAGAACGCGCGCAAGACAGAGGAGGACGAGGCACUCGAGCAGGAGGUCGAUGACAUCAAGUACCGUGUCAAGCGUAUCAAGGAAGACAUUGACUACGUGUCCAAGGGCCGGCGCAGCGCCGACAAGGACGAGGAGCGCCGCAAGCUCGAGCGCGAGUUACUCUUCCUCAUGCACGAGAAGCUCCCGGAGCUCGAGCGCCGCCAGGAGCGCCGCGCCGAGGAGAAGCGUAUGGAGGAGCGUGCGGGCGUUCGUGCGCGCGACAGGCGCAACGAUACUCAGGGCCGGUACAACGACCGCGACCGUGACCACGACUGGCUGCGCGGUUCGUACGAGCGCGAUCCAAGCCGUGACCGGGGGUACGGACGUCGUCCAAGCGUGUCGGACCGCGACCGGUACGACCGUGACAGGUACGAUGACCGCGACCGCGAUUACAGUCGCGGUGGCAGUGUCUCCAACCGCGACCGCGACCGCGACCGCGACCGCGACCGCGACCGCUACGACGACCGUGACCGUGACCGUGACCGCUUCGACCGGGACGAGCGCGAUCGCGACCACCGCGCGCCCUCGCCACGUCCCCCUUCUCCGAAGAAGGCCGAGCCGACACCGCCUCCCGCGAGGGAGCGGCCCAAACCUGCCACCAGGUCUGUCGCGAGCAUGACGCCCGAAGAGCGCAAGGAGUACGUCAGGGAACAGGCCCAGCUCAGGAUCCAGGAGCGUAUGCGUGCGCUUGGCGUCGAGACGCCUUCGGCGACUCCAGAACCGGCCGUCGACACUUCUGUCGAGGACCGCCUGGUUCAGGAGCGCCGGGAGGCGGAGGAGCGCGCUAGGGCGGCCGAUGAGGAGCAGAAGGCGCGCGAGGAGGCGCGUGCGGCCCGUAUUGCGUCGGCCCGCGGUGAUGCCCCAGUUCCCCCUUCACCCGCGGCGAAGAAGGAGGCUCUCAAGCCUCCCCCUCCGCCGCCUGGGAAGAAGGGCCCGCCUCCUGCCCCAACAUCACGCGGUAAGGCGGCCCCUCCGCCACCUUCGCCACGGCACGCUCCAGCUGCGCCUUCACCUGCUCCACGCGCCCCGCCGGCGGAGGACCAUGAGGAGGCCGAGCUGCGUGCGCAGGAGGAGGCACGCCAGAAGGCGAUCCAGGACCGCCGCGAGCGCUUGAAGCGACUUCAGGAGGAAGAGGAGGAGGAGCUACGCAAGGAGGAGGAGCUCUUGGCCGCGCGCAAGGCGCGCUCUGCCACCUCCGCCGCACCGGUGCUCCCCAGAAUCGUGACAUCUCCUGUUCAGCAACCAGCUCCCUCCUUUAAUGAGCAGUCCAAGUCGCCUCCCAAGUCACCCUCGGGCUCGUUCAACCCCUUCCACCGCCAGCAACCCAGCGCUUCGCCAGUGCGCUCGCCUACUGGCCCCAGCUUCAACCCCUUCUUCCGCCCUCCUCCCGCCGCGGGCGCUGCUGUGACAGCCCCGUCUUCUGCGCGUCAGCGGCCGACUGUGCCGGAACCUCCUUCGGCGCCGAGCGCACCCGCUGCUGCUCCUCCUCCUCCGCCUCCACCUCCGGCUCCACCGGCGCCCGUCCAAGCUGUCCGGGCCCCUCCAGUGCGCGCCAACUCGGCACCGCCCCCAGACGACGACUGGGAGGACGCACAGGAGAAGGAGGCCAACGAGUCGGACUCGAGCGAUGACGAGUACACUCACUCGCGUUCGUCGCGCAACAUGCUGGCAUCAGCGCUCUUCGGCGGCAUUAUGAACCCGGCGGGAUCGCGGCCCAAUUCUGCUGGCGCGAGUCAGCCAGCAACCCCUCCCCCGGCUCCUGCUCCACCCGCUGCCCCGAGAGCGGCGCUGCCCAACCUUGGCGGUGGCAGCAUGGGUGGCGGUGGAAUGAGUGCUCUCCUCUCGGGCAUUCAGGGCGGUGCACGCCUCCGCAAGACCGAGACGAACGAUCGCAGCGGAGCCAGUGCCGGCGGGCACGUGAUCGGCGAUGCCGCACCCCCCGCACACAUCAACGCUGCUGCCCCUCCCACCCCACCGAGCCCGCCUAGACCGCCGCAGGAGCUCUAUUCCACGCCGCCCGAAGACGACGACUUCGUGCCUCGCCACGGCAACCGCUCCUCGGUCGACUGGUACUCUGGCAUCGCGGGUGAGGCCACCCACCCCGCCGCGCAGCAGGCCGAGCAGGCCAUGCCCUCGACUAUGGAGGAGGAUGAGACGCAUGACUCGCCUGUGGAGCAGAUGGCCGCUGUGUCGGUGGACGGCCCGAGCCUCGACGACGUCGACCUCAGCCGCACGCUGCAUGUGCGUACGCUUUUCGACUACGCGUCGACGUUUGAUGGUGACCUUCCGUUCACGGAGAACAUGGUGCUCGAGGCGCAUCCCGCGCGUGACCCUGCGGGGCCGUGGUGGUACGGCACACUUCCGGAUGGUCGGGCGGGUUGGUUCCCGAGCUCCUACGUGGCUGAGUGUGUCGUCAAACCCUGCGUCGCGCUGUACGACUACGAGGCGACGUCGCAUGAGGAGCUCUCGUUCACCGAGGGGCAGACACUUCCCGUCGUUGACCAGAGCGACGCCGACUGGUGGAAGGUCGAGAUGGGCGGCGCGAUCCUAAUCAUUCCCGCAGCGUAUGUGGAAGUCAUCGACCGCAACACGAACGGCACUGACAUCAACACUGACUGGGAGCGCGAGCGAAGUGUGCCAGUUCUAAAGCAGCCAGAGCCGUCGCCGGCGACUCCACCAAUACCAACAGUAGACGUCUCGGAGCACGAUACGCGUCGCCACCCCCCUCCUCCGCCCGAGUCGAAGCGUCCCUCAUUCAUGCUCCCGGGCCAUGCCCAGACGCCCAACCGCUCAAGAGCAGCCAGUAUCUUAACCCUGCGGAGCAUGGACGACGGCAACGACAGUGACAGCGGCGACUCGGUGCUAUCCUGGUGGUCCGACGACGCCGACGAGACAUCUCUCUCGACCGUCCCGGAGAGCAGGGAAGAGCGGGAGGAGGAGCGCCGCCGACGUGAGGGCGAGCGGCAGAAGGUUCUGGCUGCCGCGGGGCUCAAGAUACGGCGCGAGCCGCCAAGUGUACCCGGCGCCCCGUCGUCCAGAGCGAAUCAUGGGCGUAGACGGCCGCCUCCACCCCCCAAGGCCAAGUCCAUGGAUGCCUCGGGCUCGGUCGGCUCAACCUCGGGCUUACCUUCAAGCUCCCGCGACCUCCCUGCACUCCCCCAGCCACCCGAACCACCAGAGAAGGACGGGCCCGUCACCGCGCCCGUGGACGUCGACGACGCGUACGCGCGCUACGAGGCGUUCAUGGCCGAGGCCAAGCCUGAAGCCAAGCCGCAGCCACAACUGAGGCCGACCAGCGUCGUAUCCGAACGCCCGACGUCCAUGGUCUCGGUGGCCGAGACGACCAGUUCGACCGGCACAGCAGGUCUCAAGGAGGCUGCGAAUGCCGCCAGUCAUCGUCUCACCGAGUUCCUGGGCACGAUGGGGUUCGGGAAGGAGAAGGAGAGGCGACCUAUCAGUGGCCCGAUGGACAAACGCAUCUCUGGUCCAAUCUCUGGUCCAAUCUCUGGUCCAAUCUCUGGUCCAAUCUCUGGUCCAAUCUCUGGUCCAAUCUCUGGCCUUGUCUCUAGCCCUAUCUCUGGUCCCAUCGGCCCAAUUUCAAGGCCAACAUCUGGUAUCUCGGACCCAGAAUCCUCAUUCGGCAAAACCUGGUCCUCGCUCAUGGACCCCUCGGUCCUCGCAACCAUGUCGGAUACCGAGCGCAAGCGACAGGAAUCAAUCUUCGAAUUCAUAUCCACCGAAGCAAGUUACGUGCGCGAUCUCCAACUCAUCGUCGGCGUAUUCUACGCUCGCCUGAUGUCUUAUCUCCCAGAUAAAACACUACGCGUCAUCUUCGCAAACGUCGAGGACAUCAUGAUGCUCAACUCAUUCUUCCUCUCCUCCCUGGAAGAGAGGCAGAAAGAAUGCCGCCUCUACGUCGACAAGAUUGGCGACGUGCUCGCCGAACAUGCCCAGAACUUGGAAGUUUAUGCGCCGUACUGCGUCAACCAAGAUACGGCGGCCAAGUUGCUGGUUCAAUUACGCAGCGAGGAUCCCGAGUUGGAAAGGGUAUUAGGUGAGAUUCGGGGCGAUCCAACUGUGCGUGGACUGGAUUUAAGCCAUUUCCUCCUCGAACCUAUGCAACGCAUCACUCGCUACCCCCUUCUCCUCCGCCAGAUCGCCAAAUACACAUCCGCAGACCAGGACCUAGAGGACGUCAACAAGGCCCUGUCGCUCGCGGAGGGUGCGGUCGCGAGAAUCAACGAGGGCGUGCGAGACGCCGAGUCGCGCGAGCGUCUUCGCGCACUCAGUGAGGCCAUGUGGGUCGGUGGAGAGGGGCGCAUCGACCUCACUGAGCCGACUGUUUACCUGGGCGAACGCAAGUUAGUGAAAGAAGGGGCGGUGAGCAAGGCCAAGAGUGGACGACGGCUUUGGAUGGUGCUGUGUAACGAUAUUGUCAUUUUGAUGGAAGACAAGAAUCUAUAUCGCAUGCCCAUCCCACUACACAACCUCGACCUGCUCCAAGGGAAAGACGACGUAUCCUUCGCACUAGUCAUCCCCCGGGGCCAAGGCGGUGACACGGUACGCAUCAAAGCGCCCAGCAACAAGGAACGCAUCGAGUGGAUAACAGCACUAUCCAAAGCCAAAAAUGACGCUGCCGACGCACGCCGAGCCGCCGCCCUCACCGAGAGACGUACUUCCGCCCCAGAAAGAGAGAGACGGACUCGCCCGACCCACUCUCGCGCGAGUUUGAGCGUCGGUGGCGAGUAUGGCCCGUCGGCAUACCGCCUCUCCUCAAACAACCGCUCUUCAUCUUUCAACGACCGGCCGCCGCUGUCAUACAACCCAUACAACGGCUCGUCCGACCCGCGCUCAGGAUACGACCGCAAGUCGAGCGUUAAUGGCAGUCUCGCAUGGCCGCAGGUCCCCCCCAGUCCCCAGCGACUCGCACCAAGUUCCUCGCCCCCUCCUCUGCCGGCGCGCUCCCAGCCCAAGAUCCCAGAAGCACACGGAGAAGGACAGGAGGUAUUUGGCUCCUCGGGGCAGAAGACGAGUAUGUACGACCACGAAUUUUAA